AUGAAAGAGGACCUAAAACUCUACGGCAAUGAAUUGGUGGAAUUUACGACUUACUUCUCCAUCGGAUACGCUCUCUUCAUCGUCCCAUCACAACUCAUCCAGACUCGCGUUCGACCCUCGUUAUUCCUGCCGCUCUGUGAGAUUGUCUGGGGUUUAUUCACACUCUUCACCUAUAGAGCUCCAAAUGCGAAGACCGUCUUUGCGCUACGAUUCUUCCUCGGUGUUUUUGAGUCUACAUCGUGGCCUGGCAUCGUGAACUUGAUCUUCAACUGGUAUCGUCCCGAGGAGCUGGGAAAACGACUGGCCAUCUUUGGCGUCAGCGGCGUAGCAGGAAACAUGUUUCUCGGCAUCGUCCAAGCCGCUCUCUACAGAAACCUCAACGGCGUGUCUGGUCUUGCUGGUUGGCAGUGGCUUUUCAUUAUCAGUGGUAUAAUGACUAUUUUCUGGGGUCUCGUCGGUCUUGUCAUCAUUCCAGACUCGCCUGCCAUCACCCGAGCUCUUUGGCUGUCCGAAUCUGAACGAAAACUGUGUCGUCUUCGAAUGAGCGACAGCGGCGUCAAGACCUCCAGAAUCAUCCCUUUCAAAGCCCUUGUCCAAAAAAUGAAACUUCUCGUCCUCAGCCCGCUCUCAUAUCUCUUCCUCGCGGGCUAUCUUCAAUUCGCAUGGAGUCAACGCGCAAACGCAUAUUUCCUCCUCUUCCUAAAAGGUCUCCAAAACGCCGACGGAACACCCCGCUACUCAGUCUACACCGUCAACCUUAUCCCACUUGGUGGCUACGCUAUAAGUAUAGUCUGCAACAUUGGUCUUAACGCCCUCAGUGAUUGGAAAGCCUGGCGCUGGCAAGUCAGCGUCGGCGCCGCCACUUUGCAACUCAUCGCGACCUCGGUUCUUUCCGGGUGGCCCGAUUCGUGGCGGACUAUCAUGGCUUUCUAUUUUCUCACUUUUGCUACGGCUGCUUGGGGCUAUGCCCUUCUCGCAUGGUUGGCGGAGAUACUGAGGAAAGAGCCUGAAGUGAGGUCUAUUUUGGUGGCUAUUGCUGUUACGCUUGUUUAUGCUGGACAUGCUUCUAUCCCACUUCGUGCUUGGCGGGUUAGUGAUUCACCAAGAUAUCCUGUUGGUUUCCCGUUGGCUGCUGCGUUUAGCGUUGGAAGUAUCGUGGCUAUUAUGGGGAUGUGGUUUUAUGUUCGGAAAUAUCCUGAUAUUGUUACUUGGGGCCUGGAUGCUGAAGGUGCCAAGAUCCGUGGCGAGGAGGAGGCUAUCCCCAGAGACAACGACCACAAGGGUCCGCUCGAGAGGAGCGAUCGAAUUUAG